AAAAAACAAUUAAAAUGACGAUAUUAAAACGUCAAUCUGGAUGAAGUCAACAACGCCUUCCUACGAUAUAAAAGAAGCUGUUCUUUGUCACUGUAUUCACUGUAGAUAAGAGAUCGACCAGGGAACACAUUACUUCAGUCUAUUAAUUCGAAAAAGCUCCAAAAACUUAAAACAAUGAAGCUUCAGUUGUGUUUGUUGAUGUUGGUUUUGGGUGUCAUGUACGUGCAAGGUGCUAGUUUGACCGAAGAGAUGGCGGAAGAUAUGCCACUAGAUGAACAAGACGUUGAAUUCCCACGAGAGGAAAAACGUCAUGGAUAUUCACAUGGGCAUGGAAAUUGUGAUUGGCCACAUGGAUACUGUGUCUACAUCAAAGAUCCUUGCUCACCAGGAAUGCUCCCUUGCCACAAUCAAUAUAAUUGUGCUUUGUCUACUAACAAGUGUUGCUGUUGGCCAUCAGGCGGAAGACGUUAGGAAUCAAGCAGCUUGAUUUCUUACUUCGAGACUAAGGAACCGAAAAA